AGCCCCAUCGUGUCCAGCUCCCCGGAGCUCCUGGUGCAGUUCGUGUCCGACCUGAGCGUCACCGCCGACGGCUUCUCGGCCUCCUACACCCUGCGGGAGCGGGGCGGCGCCCCCGAGACCCCCGCCCCAAAGCCCCGGGGGGGCCCCAAGGCCAAGCCGACCCCCGCCCCCAAAGCCGAGCCCCCCACGGCCGCCCCCUGCCCGCAGCGCUGCCGCCGCGCCGGGACCCUGCAGAGCAACUUCUGCAGCAGCGACUUCGGUGAGAGAC